UACGGUUAUCAGUGUCAAUUAAGAAGUUUGCCGAGCCAGUGCGGUUUCUUGAGAAAAUUAUUGGAUUUCAGCGUGAAAGAGUCCUUUCAUUCCAAACUUAUUCUUCCAAUUCGAUUCAUUCGACCAUCAAGAUAUAUUAUACGUCCCUCUUGUACAAACCCUAUAAAUAUUUUAUCAGAGUUAUCGACGGCAAUACGUUCUACGUGAUGAAACUGAGAAAUGUCUACAAGAAGAAGAAAUUCAAUAAGCGACGUGGCUCGAUGAUUUCCUCACGUAUCAUACCAUAUCGGAAAAGCCAUUUCGCUGAUCGGUUUGUUUAAUUCGGAAAAUCCAUCCUUGCGGUGAAAUAAUAUUGCUUGUGCCUGAAGGGCGCUUGUUUGAAUGGGAAAUGUUCAAAUAUGACGACGAGCCGCCAUAAACAGAAUGUUGUUUGAGGAUGUAAGCCAAUCAGAAAGGAGGAAGGGUGAAUUGGUAAACCUGCGUGAUUUGUGAAUUCGCUCUCAUUCUGUGGUACCACUCGUUCAGUUUUCGUCUUUGAAUUACGAACUUCUGUGGUCUCGCAGACGUUUCUAUCAUGCAUUGGCCCGUUUACUUAGCAUUCGCAGUGUUGGUUAUAGCAACUAAAGCCGAAGAUAACUCCGCAGACUACUACGGCUCUUUCUUAGAGCCUAUUAACAUCGCACCUGAGCAAGAAACUCUGAACAACUAUCUGCUGCCGAAGAUACAACCGAAAUACAAACCAGAUUGGAGGAGGCUGGGCGAUCCUAGUGUUUACCUUAUGUCAGAUGAUCUAAAUUCAGAGUCUGAAAGAUUGAGGGACGUGCCAUCAGAGACGAGGAUCAAGAGGGCAGAGUUUCUUAGGCCUAGGGGUUCCUUGUCCAUUGUUAAUUCCCUGGACGCACUCAGAAACAAGCUAGUAAUGGAAAUCGCAAGAAAGAAGACCAAACAAAACGCAGAACGCAACCGUCAAUUUUUGCAGUCCUUUGGCAAGCGGUCUUACCCCGUCCAUAGAAGAAGCAUGGACAGGUUCAACAACAUGUAAAAAUGCUCUAUCAAUCAUCAAAAGCGCGUGAAUAGGUAGUUAGACCCUGUUAAAAGGAGAUACCUGCGAAAAAUUCAUUCAAUAAAAUCUGCCUGAUUUGAAGAAUUAUUCAAAUUAUUUAUGAAGCUGUAUCCCCUUAAUUCUGUGUUCUCGAUUCCCUCUACACAACAAUAAGACGAUAAGCCUUAUCCAUGUGUUUCCCUCAAUCCCCAGGAAAAUCUAUUGAAUUAAAAACCAAACACAAAAAGGUUGACGAUAUCAAUUUUAUUUUAUAGUGUUCUCAAAUCAUCAAGCAAAAAAUACUGAUCCAAUUAAAGCAAAAUCUGCUACAAGAAAAACACUUAACAAGCAAUACAAUAAUGUAUAGGUAAAUUACCUUGAAUAUCUUGUAGAAAUUCAUUCUUGAAUGAGAAAUUCCUUGAGUCAGGCAGACACUAAUAUUAUUUUCCAUGUAUUUUCAGUUGACUGAGCUAAAAUGAAGAGACAACUGAUAAUAAUGAGGCCUAUAGUUGUUAUUUUCAAUACGCAAUAGAUGCGUUAAAGUGGAAAAAUUAUCAAUGUAAAAUAGAAAAUAGUUAUCAUGAGGAAAGUAUACCUACUCUCUUGAUUUAUAUUCUCUUCCAUUUCACAAAUAGUAAAUACUUGUCAAUUAAAAUGUUGACAAGAUGUCUAGAUAUCCCUUUUAAUUUUUAUGUGUAUUUUAGAAGGUUGUUGUUAAUUUAUGAAUCCUCCAAUAAGAUUUUAUCAAUUGUUUUAUUUAUUUUAUUGACCUUCAUAUAUGUACAACGACAUUGUUGCAUAGAGUAUAUUUAAAGAAAUAUAUUUAUUAAAUAUAAAAAUCAGAUAUUCUUCUAUGCAUAGCAUAGAACCUUGAGAUAUGAAGAAAAAUGUGAUUUCAUAGUAUACCUUAAAAUAAUGUGAAUUUGAUUUUGAGCAAUGUAUGAAUAAAAGUACUUCAAAAAUAAACGUUAUAGGAGCAUUCAA